AUGAAAUCGGCUAAGCCGGUCAAUACACCGUUAGCCAAUCACUUCAAGCUCAGCAAACAAAGUUGUCCUAAGAGUCAAGAAGAAAAAGAAGCUAUGGCUGGUGUUCCAUACUCCUCGGCAGUCGGGAGUUUGAUGUAUGCCAUGGUUUGUACUAGACCGGAUAUCGCUCACGCGGUUGGAGUUGUUAGCAGGUAUCUUUCAAAUCCUGGGAAGGAUCAUUGGGAAGUUGUGAAGUGGAUCUUGAGGUACUUAAAAAGCAGUGCAAAUAAGUCCUUGAGCUUCGGAAAAGAAAACCCAAUUCUUGAAGGUUAUACAGAUGCGGAUAUGGCAGAGUAUAUUGCAAUGACAGAAGCAGGAAAAGAAAUGCUUUGGUUGAAGAGGUUUCUUCAACAAUUGGGAAUGAAGCAGGAAAGGUACGAUAUCCAUUGUGAUAGUCAGAGCGCAUUGGAUUUGAGUAAGAAUGCGAUGUACCACUCUCGCACGAAGCACAUUGAUGUCAGAUAUCAUUGGCUACGUCAAGUUGUGGAAGAACAACAGUUCAAGUUGGAAAAGAUUCACACUGAUGAAAACCCUGCUGACAUGAUGACGAAAGUUGUAACAGGAGGAAAGCUUCAGCUUUGUGCCGAGUUGAUCGGCAUAGAAUGCAUGUGA